CCACCUGCCAGUCCACUAACCCACACGACUCAAUUUUUGUUGCGCGUAAGGCAUGCACAUACACAGACACACUACAGUAAUCUCCGCCCUCUUAACUAUUUAUAUAAUGCACUCUUUUUGUCACUCUUUUCUCUCUUUUUAAACCACACACACCUGAAAAACCUACAAAAAUUUAUACAAAUCACACAAAAAGAACAAACAAAAACUAUGAGUUUGAGUAGUAUACCAUUAAAAGAUAUGACUAGUAGUAGCAAUAAUAACUCUUUAGUAGAAGAGAAAUUUUGUUCUUACUAUGAAGAGUGGCUAAAACAACUAGAACUCCAUCUUCAACAGCUUGUUUUAGGUCAUCAGCUUGACUAUGAAACCAUGGUUACAACCUUUACUACGCACCACAAAGAGUACUACACAGCCAAAUGGGCUGCAGCCCAUGAUGACAUCUUAGCUUUCUUUUCACCUCAAUGGGUUAGCCCACUUGAGUCAGCUUUUACUUGGGUCACAGGUUGGAAACCUUCCACAGUUUUUAGGGUAGUUGAUUCACUUCGUAAAACCCGGGCUCCUCUUACUAGCUUGGCCCAACUAAGUGAUGAACAAGCCCAAAAGAUUGGGGAGCUUGGUGUGAAGAUAAAGUUGGAGGAACAGAAAGUUGAUAGAGAAAUGGAAAGGCAACAAGUGGCUAUGGGGGACUUGAAGAUGGUGGAGUUGGCUAGGGUUUCGAGUCGAGUUAAUGCUAACGAGUCGAGUCGAGUUGAUAAGAUAGUGGGUGUAGCGGUGAAGGGGUUGUUUGAUGGGUUAGAGAAAGUAAUGAAGAUGGGUGAUUAUGUGAGGCUUAAGGCUUUGAAGGGUGUUUUGGAUGUGCUUAGUCCUAGACAAAAAGUGGACUUUUUGGCUGUUUUUGCUAUGCUUCAAAUACAAAUCAGGAAAUGGGGGAAACAAAGAGCUCUUAUUAAUAUUGCUAAUGAUAGUAGUAAUCUCUCUGUAGAUAAUCUGCUUUGAUUAGUUUCAUUCUUUCAGCACUAAUUUACUUCUAUAGUUUUGAAUAACCAUACCCUAUCUGUUUUAUCAAUAAAAAGUUACUCAAUUUUCCCUCGCUCUAGUAAAGAAUACCUCACCAUCUCCUAUUACAUCUAUCUUUGUAAUAAGUUAAUAUUUGAUAAUUACGCUAUAACUUAUUACCUUAAAUUACGUGUAUUUAUGAAACGGAAGGAGUAUAUGUAAAUGAGGUUGAUCUCCUUUGCA